AUUUAUUUCUUCCACCACGACUCCUGCUAUCAACUUCCAUCCCAUGUCUCCAUCCCAUCAACCCCAUUAAUUACCAUGGCUAGACCUAAUCAGCGUCAUGCUUGCGACCGUUGUCAUGGUCAAAAGUUACGAUGCAUCCACUCGGGGAGUGGUCCGUGUGCACGGUGCGCCAAAGCCAAAGCCACCUGCAGCUGGAGCAAGUCUGGGUCUCCCAACCAAUUCAAGAAACAGAGAUCACAGAAUUAUGAUGUCUCCUCUGCGGGUAGUCAACAUGCAGACCAGGCGAACGAGCCAACCCCCCCGCCGUUUGGUGCAUACAUGAGCCAACCUUCCCUCACCGGCGUCGACGUUGAUAUCAACCUGCUGCAGACUCAAUUCGUGGGGAGUACUCCCUGGGCUCUACCGACCGGUCGCUAUCCCUCUCCCGUAUCACAAGAAUUGGAGUCGUACAAUGUGGGUCCUAGUGACGCUGACGUUCCUGCCACCGCGGACUGGAUGUGGCCCGUCGCCGCGAACGGUACCGUUCAAACCACCCCACCGGCAAACUGGCAGCAAACGUUCAACCAGGAGUGGGCCAUCAUGGAGUCGCAACAUCCGGUUCUAACAAUGGAUACGCCUUCCCGAUCUUCGCCAGUAAGCGACACUGUGGAUGCGCCGAAGACGGCGUGUCAUCUUGCGACCAUUCGCGAAUUGUCAAACCUCAAUGUAGACCUGUACGCCCACGAAGAAUCGGUUCCAAAGCCCCCUGCAUCCCUAGACGAACCACUGAGCUGGAAAAACAAGGACUUUGCCAUCGAUCGGACCUUCUACUUGUCCCAGCGGCUUAUUGAGAUCGUCAACAAACGAUAUCCACGGUACCUGGAGACAGCCCGCAUGCAAACCCCGGAAAGCUCUCCGGAGAGUACCAACGAAAACGGCCCGUCUGAGCCGCCCAUUGACCAGGGCUCAUGUCUUUUAAUCUUGUCAUGCUACACUCGUCUCAUUGAAACCUACGAUCGCAUCUUUGCCAACAUGCAGGGAUGUCUGGAUCGUUCUUCUGUCACGGCCCGAGACGACUACGUCAACAUGCCGUCGGUUCAAGUUGGAUCCUUCUCCUUGCCACAUUCAUCAUCGCUGCAGAUUGUUCUCAUCCUGCAGCUGGCGCGCCAACUCUUGAGCCGAAUGGGCGAGAUCAUCAAAGCCGUCCAACCGGAGAAAAGAAGGAAUAACCCCGAUGUCACAGUCCCCGAAUGUGCAAUCGGAGGUCUUCUGCUGUCUAGGGCUUUGGAUACCGUCUCCGCCGAGGAAGACAGCCUGAUGAAGAGAAUCACGAAAUUACGAAGUACCUUGAUUGAACUGAAUAUUCUGUGAAGAACUAGAUAUACUAGACACAACAAAUUUCCCCUUGCUUUCAUGCCCAGCCUAACCUUGAUUUUGCCAUUAACCCAUCAUCGCACAAAAAACCCC